GCUGCCAGCCACACAGAAAUAUUUUAAUUUACUUUCUCGAGUUUUGUUGCUCUUCUUCACUUAUCACUCGCAUUUUCUGCUAUAACAUGAAGCACUUCUGUACAAGUCAAGGUUGUGUACCCAGAAUGGAAUUUGGAUUUUUAAGACAUUGUCUUGAGCAAAAUCUCACUCUUUCAUGGAACUUAAAGGCAUCAAGUUUAGGUAGUUUGGCCACAAUUUCACAUCUCCAGAGACUUCCUUUAUCUAUGGUAGCUUCUUCACGAAAUCAUUACAAGAACAGUUUGCUCUUGAAGAGAUAUUUAGUCCGUGUCGGCAGCACUGAGGAGGAACACUCAUUGUCAGAAGAUUCACUCGAUGACUCUAUUUCUAGACCUCUCACUAGUGACGAGUUGAAGUCAUUGCUCAUCGAUAACCAGAGAUCGAAGAUUGUUAAGAAGUUGAGUGAAGCUAAUCAACAUAACCGCUUCCUCAAGCGUCAGCUUAAAACACAGGAGGACGAGAUAACUAGCAUAAAAAGUGAGCUUGCAAUCAUGGAGCUCGAAGUUCAGGCUCUGGUCAACUUGGCAGAAGAAAUAGCAAAUCUUGGUAUUCCACAAGGGUCUAGAAAGAUUAGCGGAAAGUACAUUCAAUCACACCUUCUCACUCGUUUAGAUGCUGUUCAUAAUAAGUUGAAGGAACAAAUAAAAGACGUGGAAGCUGCACAAUCAAAGGAAGUUAAUGUCUUCUGGAUUGGCAUGGCAGAGAGUGUACAAGUAAUGGGAUCGUUCGAUGGAUGGAGCCAACCUGAGGAUCUAUCACCCGAGUACACAGCUUCUUUUACUAAAUUUUCCACCACUUUAGUCCUUCGUCCUGGGCGGUAUGAGAUGAAGUUCUUAGUGGAUGGAGAAUGGCAGAUCUCACGUGAGUUUCCUACUUCCGGAGAAGGAAUGUUGGAGAACAAUGUUCUAGUGGUGGAAUAGUUGCAUCACCCAUUUUGGUCAUACUACCCUUAAACAUAACCCAUCUGUUUUCAGACCGGUGUAAAUGAGAUGCUAGACACAACCCAUAUAACUAGGAGGUCUUUUACUCGCCGAUUUUUUUUUUUUUUUUGUUUAAAUGCCAUUCUGAGGUGUUUGAAUGUUUGAUACAAGGAAUAAUACAACAAAUAGGUGACUGAGAGGGAUACCGGAUUAAGUUGGA